AUGGUCUACUUUCCGUCUGAGAUCGUUGACAUAAUUAUGUCUCAUGUCGGGCCCGAAGACUUCUAUACCCUCUUCCAGUGUGCGCUCGUCAAUCGCCAGUGGUCCAGAGCCGCUCUCCGUGCUUUGUACCGCGCUGAGGGCCUCUUCCCGGGUGUCCACAGAGCGUCUGCAUACGAGCACUCCAAGAUUGUAAGAACACAUAGCAGCGGAAUAGCUGAGUCGUAUGCUGAUAGAGACAUAGUCCAUAAGACCACUUACGUGGGCCAAUUUUUGGUGGACUCUGAUCGUGUCUGCUUUCACCUUCGAGACUUAUCUUCCCUACGCCGCAUUGCUUUCAAGUUGCGGUAUGGUCGCUUCGCGUUCGAGCUCAAAAUCAUUCGUCUUGAGAAUUAUUGCAACAUCUGUGCUGCCGUCGGUUGGGGUAAGUCUUCGAUGACAAACAACGUGACCGUAGGUGCUGAUCGACCCAAGCCAUUUUAG